AUGACUGCCCCACCGACUCUGCAGCCCAAGUUCCUACCUCAGCGCGACCAAUUGGGUGUCGUCGCUGUCGGUUUCUCCGGCGGCCAGCCCCGUCCUGGUACUGAUGCCGCUCCCAUGGCCCUCAUCGAGUCCGGCCUGCUCGACCAGGUCCGCGACGAGCUAGGCUACCAAGUGCACUAUGACAACAAAGUGCACGACUACUCGGACGUGCGGCCCGCCUCUGACCCCGUGUACCGGAACAUGAAGCGGCCUGCGACGGUGAGCGCCGUGACCGAGGCCCUGCAGAAGCAAGUCUACGAGCACGCCAAGGAGGGUCGCUGCGUUCUGACCCUCGGCGGCGACCACUCUAUUGCCAUUGGAUCUAUUGCCGGCACGGCCAAGGCCACGCGCGAGCGUCUCGGCCGCGAGAUUGCCGUCAUCUGGGUCGAUGCCCACGCUGACAUCAACACCCCCGAGACCAGCGACUCGGGCAACAUCCACGGCAUGCCUGCUGCCUUCUUGACCGGUCUUGCGCGCGAAGACCGCAAGGACGUUUUCGGCUGGAUCACAGAUGACAUGCGCAUCAACCUCAAGAAGUUGGUGUAUAUUGGUCUGCGGGACGUGGACCGUGGCGAGAAGCAGAUUCUGCGCGAGCACGGUAUCAAGGCGUUCAGCAUGCACGAUGUCGACCGGUACGGCAUUGGCAAAGUCGUCGAAAUGGCCCUCGGCCACAUUGGCAACGACACCCCCAUCCAUCUGUCCUUUGACGUCGACGCGCUCGACCCCAUGUGGGCCCCUAGCACCGGCACCCCGGUCCGCGGCGGUUUGACGCUGCGCGAGGGUGACUUCAUCGCCGAGUGCGUCCACGAAACCGGCAGCCUCAUCGCCAUGGACAUGGUCGAGGUCAACCCCUCGCUCGAGUCGCAGGGCGCUUCUGAGACUAUCCGUGCCGGUUGCUCCAUUGUCCGCUGCGCCCUUGGCGAUACCCUGUUGUAG